CAGUCGUAGUGAGAUGGUAUAUAGUAACACAAAUCCCUUGUCUUUCUUCCUUCGCUUUUUCUGCCAGCAAGUUAGAGUUAGCACCUGUCAGAUCUCUCUCUCUCACACACCCUUUUAUUCAAAAUAAAUUUCUUUACUCUCCUUAUAUAUUUUUGUUGCAAUCAACCAACGCCUCUGUUCCAAACAACCAUCAUAAACCACGCCCACCUUCUUCUCUCACCCUCUUCAAAUGCAAUGAUUCCACUGCUGCAAAAUCCAACACACUAGGGAAGCCACACAUAUAUACCACAGAGCAGAAUUAUUUUAUGGAAUUUUGGCCCUCAGAAGAGUAGAACAAAGAGCUUAAAUGAGUGAGACAGCCAGUCUUCAUGCACAGACAAGGACACCCAUUUCUUCUCUUGAAGCCAUGGCUCAUCAUCACCCGCAUUAUCGGUCACCCUUCGGAGACACUACCUUCACCAAACUCUUCGUCGGAGGACUAGCCUGGGAGACUCCCACCGAAGAAAUGCGCAAAUAUUUCCAGCAGUUCGGGGACAUUCUUGAAGCUGUCAUAAUCACUGACAAGAACACCGGAAAAUCCAAAGGCUACGGUUUCGUAACAUUCUGCGACCAAGAAUCGGCAAGAAGAGCAUGUGCUGAUCCAAAUCCAAUAAUAGAUGGCAGAAGAGCAAAUUGCAAUAUUGCUUCUCUGGGAAGGACUCGACCUUCACCACCUCGAGGGAGGAAUAUAGUUCAAGGUGGAGGAGGAACAACAGUACAGAGUGUUCCGGGAGCGGGAGCGCCGCCGUCGCUGCCGCCAGCACCUGCUGUUCUGUAUCCGCCAUAUGGCUACGCAGCCUACACUCCCGAUUAUGGAUACCACCACCAAGCGACAUUGUACAACCCACAGAUUCAGCAACCACAAUACUAUCAACAAGUCUACGGAGCAUCAUCUUCCACCAUGAGCACCCCGUAUUACUAUGGUUACUCUGUGCAAGCACCAAGAAACACAUUUUCCUCACCCCAGGCAAAUCGUCUAUCACCUGGACCAUCUUAUCUGUACUAUCCUACACCCGUGGAAGUCUCAUUCUCUGCAUAUCGCCCACUCCAAUCACCAGUGACCCAAAGCUUUCCUUCUCCAACUGUCCACAGAGAUGGUGCGCGAGUGAGAGAGACAGAGACAGAGACAGAGAUGUAUGAAUUAUGAUGCGUUUACUGACACACUAUAUAUUAUGAUUUGGCUGCAAUAUAUGGGCAUGGGGUCCACAUGGGCAACCACAGAGCCACGUGAAUGAGCUGUCUCGGUUGUGCCAUGAAUCAAUAGGUCAAUGUGGAAAGUCAUGACAGAGUUAGAGAGGGUCAUCGUGUAAAGUAACAGUGGAUACAUGUGAUUUCAGUAGCAAAGAAAAAAUACAAUGGGGUGGUUAAUUUUUAUUUAUCUUUAUAUAUAUAUAUUACUAGUUAUUUCUUUAAGGCAGUCAAAUCUUCUGCCAUUCAUGUGUUGGCCCACAUGCAUGUUAGAUUAUAUAAACUUUUAUUUUUGAAUCAACGAGACCAUCACACAUCAAAGCAAACACAACCUUUUUUUCACCGUCUGUGAGUACAAUCUCUGCUGUAUCAACUUCUAAUUUCUGUAUUCACAGAACUGAAAAAACAGUUUUUCCAUUUCACUCAAUUUUCACAUAUCCUAAGCAAAAAAACUACAUGCAAGAUUCUGUCAAAUGUUUCUUUACUGUGUCACAUAAACAUGUUUGCAAGAGUGAAUAAUUGUCUUAAUGAGAAGUGAGAUGGGAGUGAGUUUCGUCAGAGACUAGCCGUGGUCUUACUUUGUUUGCUUUUCUUUAAAGAGUCUUAUCUGGUUUGCCAUUUUUUCUCUGCCCAUGUGCCCAAGAUAUUAUAUAGUAAUAAGAAAAUAAUUGUCGAAAAUGACAUUGCUAUUUAUCAUUUACGUACCUGCUUAUGAUAUCUAUAUUUCAGCAUAACUUCAAUUAUUGUUUAUUAAUUAUGUGGUUGAUCUU